AUGAUCAUUUCAUCAGAAAGCACCAACACAUUACCACAAUCACAACCAGUUGUUAGCAUUCUUUUAAAAAGCACAACCCAAGAAAUUGAAGCGUGUUUUUCCACUUUCAAAGAGCUCCGAACUCAUCUCACAACACCACAAGCAUUUGUAGAGCAAGUAUUGGAACAACAAAAGGAAGGCUAUCAAAUUCAUGCCAUUGAGAAUGAAAACCAUCAAGUCGUUGCUUGUGUUGGAUUCCGAAAGAUGACCACAACAGCGUGGGGUAAAAUUGUUUACAUUGAUGAUUUGAUUACUUCCGAGAGCUGCAGAGGAAGAGGAUAUGGAACUUUGUUGUUGAAUCAUGUGCUCAACUUUGCAAAAGAAAAUGGCUGCUCUCAAAUUCAUUUAGAUUCGGGAUAUAAUAGAAAUACAGCUCAUCGUGUGUACCUGAAAUUUGGAUUUGAAUUGGGAGCUCAUCAUUUCUGGAUGAAAGUGAACAAGUAA